GCCGCUGUCACUGCACUGUAGCUGUUCAGGACACUGAUCGAAAAGACCUCAGCAGGAAAACUUACAAGCCGAGUGCAUCGCUCUAGUUUCACCUGCGUUUUCACCAUGAAAGCCAUCAGUCCCGUCCGCUCGGUGAGGAGCUGCUACAAGGCCGUGUGCUGCAUUUCGGAGCAAAGCCUCGCCAUCAGCCGGAAUAAACACUCCUGUCUGGAUGAGCCGGUGAGCGCCCUGUGCGACAUGAACGACUGCUACUCCAAGCUGAAGGAGCUGGUUCCGAGCAUCCCGCAGAACAAGUCGGUCAGCCAGGUGGAGAUUCUGCAACACGUUAUUGACUACAUCUUCGACCUGCAGAUCGCGCUGGAGGCAGGGGACACGGCUACGCCGGAGAUGGUUUUGUCAAUAAAGACUGCGGACAUUAGUCACAAUUUCUCCAAAGAAGAAGGGCGGUUGUGCCAUUAAGAUGGAGAUUGCAUGUUAUGGUGCAGGGAAACACAUGUCUCCACUUCACUCCGGGCAAGAGGACAAGAGGGGCAGAAAGGGUGGGAUAGGUAUUUGGGAGAGAAAGAGAAGAAGAAGGAGGAGGAGGAGGGUUUGAAGAAAGAAAGAGAAAAAGUGGACUGUUUCCUAGAUGAGUGGGGAUCAACAGUAUUGCAUGAGCAAGAAAACAGACUCAUUCUUUGGCCCCUGGACAGACAAAUCAACACACCAAAGUAGAAGCCAGGAUUGGAAAGUGAAAGCUACCAGCUUUGUAUGCCUUCCUCUUAAAAAAAAAAACCAACAACCUGGGAUUCCUUAUAGAUAGUCGGAGGAAUUGUUGUUUUUUUUUUUUUCUUUCUUUUCUUUUCUUUUCUUUUCUUUUCUUUUCUUUUCUUUUUGUAUUGCAUUCCAAACAAAAGUUUUUGUGGACACACAACCUGAACUUUGUAUCUACCAAGUCUCAUAUCACCUCACACAAUUAUCACCCCCCCCCCCACCCCUCCCCUAAAGCAAAACACAUGUUUUCCAAUAAUCUCGAGGACUGAUCAAACUUCUUAAGAAGGUGUACAUAUCUGCUGGGGGUGUGAAAUGUGAAUCAAUAUGGAUGUUUCUUUUUCUUUUCUUUUUUUUUGGAUUGGGAGUUUGAGUUUCUUAGGUAUAAUCAGAACUCUAUACUAGAGUCAAUUGUAAAUGUUUGUAGGGAUUGUGUUAUUUCUACAGACAAUGUGCUGUGAGUUUCAUAAACUCUUUAUUAUAAAGUUUGCUUCGUAUGUACAUGUAUGUUUUUCUGUAAUGAAAUUAAAAAAAAAAGAAGAAGAAUGUGAAACCGUU